UCAUGACUUUAUCGGGGAGUUCACCACCAGCUACAGAGAGCUGUCCCGGGGGCAGAGCCAGUUCAAUGUGUAUGAGGUUUUGAAUCAUAAAAAGAAAGGAAAGAAGAAGAAAUACGUCAACUCAGGAACGGUGACUCUGCUGUCUUUCAAAGUGGACUCAGAAUGCACGUUUGUGGAUUUCAUCAGAGGAGGGACACAACUCAAUUUCACCGUGGCCAUCGACUUCACAGCAUCCAACGGUAACCCGUCCCAGCCCACCUCCCUGCAUUACAUGAGUCCGUACCAGAUGAAUGCGUACGCCAUGGCUCUGAAGGCAGUGGGGGAGAUCAUCCAGGACUACGACAGUGACAAACUCUUCCCAGCGUACGGCUUUGGAGCGAAACUGCCUCCGGAUGGCAAGAUCUCCCACGCCUUCCCACUGAACUCGAAUGCAGAGAACCCGAAUUGUGUGGCCAUCGAGGGCGUGCUCGAGGCCUACUUCCAGAGCCUGAGGACGGUCCAGCUGUACGGACCCACUAACUUCGCCCCGGUCAUCAGCCAGGUAGCUCGGUGUGCUGCAGAGGUGACGGACGGCUCCCAGUACUUUGUGCUGCUGAUGAUCACAGACGGCGUCAUCUCAGACAUGGAUCAGACCAAAGAGGCUGUGGUGAAUGCAGCCGGCCUGCCCAUGUCCAUCAUCAUAGUGGGAGUGGGCCCUGCUGAGUUUGAUGCGAUGGAGGAGCUGGAUGGAGACGAGGUGAGAGUGUCCUCCAGGGGGCGCUCCGCUGAGAGAGACAUCGUCCAGUUUGUCCCUUUCCGGGACUACAUGGACCGCUCGGGGAACUCGGUCCUGAGCAUGGCCCGGCUGGCUAAAGACGUCCUGGCAGAGAUCCCCGAGCAGCUGCUGUCCUUCAUGAAGAGCCGGGGGCUGGAGCCCCGCCCCCCCCUGCCCGCCGCCUCAGACCCACCCUCCAUGUCCACCAGCACCCCCGCCCCCAGGCAGAGCAAAGCGCACGCCUGA